CAUUAAAAGGAACCCUUCACCUCUCUCCAUCUCCACCUCCACCUCCACCACCACCACCACCCUGUGUUCUCCACCAUGCAAGCCAGCGCCGGCCUAGUCGCCGGAUCUCACAACCGGAACGAGCUCGUAGUCAUCCAUGGCCACGAAGAACACAAGCCUUUGAAGGAUUUGACUGGUCAAGUCUGUGAGAUAUGUGGUGACGAGAUCGGCGUCACAGUCGCCGGAGAUUUGUUUGUAGCAUGUAACGAGUGUGGUUUUCCGGUGUGUCGACCAUGCUACGAGUAUGAGAGAAGAGAAGGUAGCCAGAACUGCCCUCAAUGCAAAACCCGAUACAAACGUCUCAAAGGAAGUCCUAGGGUUGAAGGAGACGACGAUGAGGAAGAUGUGGAUGACAUUGAACAUGAAUUCAAUAUUGAUGAUGAUCAAAACAAGAACAACACUAUUGCAGAAGCAAUGCUUCAAGGAAAGAUGAGUUAUGGUCGAGGACAUGAAGAUGAUGACAAUGCUCAAUAUCCACCUGUCAUUGCUGGCCGUUCGAAACCCGUAAGUGGCGAGUUCCCAAUAUCGAGCCAACCUCAUGGAGAGCAAACGUUGUCCUCACUUCAUAAACGUGUGCAUCCUUAUUCGGCUCAUGAGCUUGGAAGUGGAAGAUGGGAUGAAAAGAAAGAUGGAGGGUGGAAAGAAAGAAUGGAUGACUGGAAAAUGCAGCAAGGAAAUCUUGGUACUGAAGUUGAUGAUUCAGCUGAUCCUGAUAUGGCCAUGUUAGAUGAAGCAAGACAACCACUUUCAAGGAAAGUACCGAUUGCAUCCAGCAAGAUCAAUCCUUACAGAAUGGUGAUUGUGGCUCGUCUUUUUAUCUUGGCAAUCUUUCUUCGUUACAGAAUCAUGAACCCUGUGCAUGAUGCAUUCGGGUUAUGGUUGACAUCUGUUAUCUGUGAGAUCUGGUUCGCUUUCUCAUGGAUCCUCGAUCAGUUCCCGAAAUGGUUCCCAAUCGAUCGUGAAACUUAUCUAGAUCGCCUUUCUCUCAGGUAUGAGAGGGAAGGUGAGCCGAAUAUGUUAUGUCCGGUGGAUAUAUUUGUGAGUACAGUGGAUCCAUUGAAGGAGCCUCCACUUGUUACAGCUAACACCGUUUUAUCGAUUCUAGCUAUGGACUACCCGGUUGAUAAAAUCUCAUGUUACAUAUCUGAUGAUGGGGCUUCGAUGCUUACCUUCGAAUCACUAUCGGAAACCGCGGAAUUCGCACGAAAAUGGGUUCCGUUUUGUAAGAAAUUUACCAUUGAGCCGCGAGCUCCUGAAAUGUACUUUUCGGAUAAAAUCGAUUACCUUAAGGAUAAAGUUCAACCCACGUUUGUCAAGGAAAGACGCGCCAUGAAGAGAGAAUAUGAAGAAUUUAAGGUACGAGUUAAUGCGCUUGUAGCGAAAGCUAUAAAAGUACCUGCGGAAGGUUGGAUCAUGCAAGAUGGGACACCGUGGCCGGGGAAUAACACGAAAGAUCACCCGGGAAUGAUUCAAGUGUUUCUUGGUCAAAGUGGAGGGACUGAUGUCGAAGGAAACGAACUUCCUCGUCUUGUUUAUGUUUCUCGUGAAAAGAGACCUGGUUUUCAACAUCACAAGAAAGCCGGUGCCAUGAAUGCCCUGGUGAGAGUUUCCGCGGUUUUGACGAAUGCUCCUUUUAUGCUGAACUUGGAUUGUGAUCAUUACUUAAACAAUAGCAAGGCUGCACGAGAGGCGAUGUGUUUCUUGAUGGAUCCACAAAUAGGAAGAAAGGUUUGCUACGUUCAGUUUCCACAAAGGUUCGAUGGCAUAGACAGGCACGAUCGAUAUGCCAAUAGGAACACCGUCUUCUUCGAUAUUAACAUGAAGGGUUUAGAUGGAAUUCAAGGCCCGGUAUAUGUCGGAACAGGAUGUGUGUUCAGAAGACAAGCAUUAUACGGGUAUGACCCACCAAAGGGUCCCAAGAGGCCGAAAAUGGUGAGUUGUGACUGCUGCCCUUGUUUUGGACGCCGUAAGAAGCUUCCCAAGUAUGAAAAACAUGGACCGGGUGGCGAUUUGGAAAACAUCCAAGGAUACGAUGAUGAUAAAGAACUUUUGAAAUCUCAAAUGAACUUUGAAAAGAAGUUUGGACAAUCGGCUAUCUUUGUCACCUCCACUUUAAUGGUGGAUGGUGGAGUUCCACCAUCUUCAAGCCCCGCAUCGCUUCUCAAAGAAGCCAUUCAUGUCAUCAGUUGUGGGUAUGAAGACAAAACCGAAUGGGGUUUGGAGUUGGGCUGGAUUUAUGGGUCGAUCACGGAAGACAUUCUAACAGGAUUCAAGAUGCAUUGUCGUGGAUGGAGGUCGAUAUACUGUAUGCCAAAACGACCCGCUUUCAAAGGAUCGGCUCCGAUCAAUCUCUCGGAUCGUCUAAAUCAAGUACUCCGGUGGGCCCUCGGCUCAGUCGAGAUCUUUUUCAGUCGGCACAGCCCCGUUUGGUAUGGCUACAAAGGCGGUAACCUAAAAUGGCUCGAGCGGUUAUCCUAUGUCAACACCACCGUCUACCCCUUCACCUCCCUCCCCCUUCUCGCAUACUGCACCCUCCCCGCCGUCUGCCUCCUCACCGGAAAGUUCAUUAUGCCGGAGAUUAGCACCUUAGCAAGUCUCUUCUUCAUUUCUCUUUUUCUCUCCAUUUUCACCACUGGAAUCCUCGAGCUCCGGUGGAGCGGUGUCAGCAUUGAGGAGUGGUGGAGGAACGAGCAAUUUUGGGUGAUUGGUGGUGUAUCGGCUCAUUUGUUUGCGGUUGUACAAGGUUUGUUAAAGAUUUUGGCGGGAAUAGAUACGAAUUUCACAGUGACAUCGAAAGCUUCGGAUGAUGAGGAUUUCGGGGAGUUGUACGCAUUUAAAUGGACAACUUUACUCAUUCCUCCGACUACUAUUUUGAUCAUUAACAUGGUUGGGGUUGUGGCGGGGAUUUCUGAUGCGAUUAACAACGGGUACCAAUCGUGGGGCCCACUAUUCGGGAAGUUGUUCUUUGCGUUUUGGGUGAUUGUUCAUCUUUACCCGUUUCUUAAAGGUCUCAUGGGAAAGCAGAAUAGAACCCCGACUAUUGUGGUUAUAUGGUCUAUUCUUCUUGCUUCUAUCUUCUCGUUGCUUUGGGUCAGGAUUGACCCGUUUGUGUUGAAAACUAAAGGACCCGAUGUCAAGCAAUGUGGACUCAAUUGCUGAACAUGAACAUGAAAUACCUCCUCCUUCAAGUGAAAAGUUUUGUUCAUUGUACUCGAUGAAAAAAGUUUGUUUCUGUUAAGAUUGUAAUCUAAUGCCGAUCAAAGAAAGUUUGUUUCUAUUGAGAGUGCUUUCUGAUGAUAUAUUUUGAAUUUCUGUGUUGUGACGUUUAAGCAUACAACAAAGUUUAAAUUCUAGAGUAAAUUACACAUUUCAUCCA